UCUCGCGUUAAACAUAAAUUUUGAGUGCUAUGAAAAUCUUAUUAGCAAAAUUACCAAGACCGUGGAUCGUUGAUGAGAAAAAAGACGAUGGUUACACAGCUUUACACUUAGCAGCUUUGAAUAAUCACGUAGAAGUAGCCGAACAACUAGUUUUAAGCGGAAAAGCAAACAUGGACUUGCAAAAUGUUAACUUGCAAACUGCGUUACAUUUAGCUGUUGAACGACAACAUACUCAAAUCGUUAGAUUAUUAGUACGAGAAGGGGCUAAUUUAAACAUUCCAGAUAAAGAUGGUGAUACACCGCUUCACGAAGCUCUUCGCCAUCACACUUUAUCCCAAUUACGUCAACUUCAAGACGUCCAAGACGUUGGCAAAUUACUCAUGGGUCUUGGUACUCAAGGUUCCGAUAAAAAGUCUUCCGCAAGUAUCGCUUGUUUCUUAGCUGGAAACGGAGCUGAUCUUGGUAUUAAAAAUAAAAAGGGGCAAACUCCUUUAGAUUUAUGCCCGGAUCCUAACCUUUGUAAAACAUUAACCAAAUGCCACAAAGAGAAACAAAGUGGCGAAAUGGAAAUGAGCACCCACACCAAUCCAAACAGCAACGUUUCUUCCGCUAUGGAUGAAUGUUUGGUGUGCUCCGAUGCGAAAAGAGACACACUUUUCCAACCGUGCGGACACGUUACGUGUUGUUCCGCUUGUGCCCCACGCGUAAAAAAAUGUUUAUUAUGUAGAGAAUCGGUGGCUAAUCGAAUUAAAAUUGAGGAAUGCAUGGUUUGUUCCGAUAAAAAGUCCGCUGUUCUUUUUAAACCAUGCGGUCAUAUGUGCGCAUGCGAUAGUUGUUCGCAAAUAAUGAAAAAAUGCGUUUUGUGUCGGUCACAAAUCGAAUUGAUGGUUCCUAUGACCGUUUGUGCUGGAGGAUUGGGUAAUAUUUGUGAAGUUAAACAAGAACCCGAAGAAGAAAUUGUUAAACCAUCAACUAGCGAGCCUGUUAUUCCACAAGGACCGUUUAUGAAUAAUGGUGGGAGAGAUACAAGUAAUGAUAUUCAGAAACUUCAACAACAAUUACAGGAUAUUAAAGAUCAGACUAUGUGUCCAGUAUGUUUGGAUCGUUUGAAGAAUAUGAUCUUUUUAUGUGGACAUGGAUUGUGCCAAAUGUGUGGAGAUCAAAUGACGGAGUGUCCUAUAUGUAGAAAAGCGGUAGAAAAGCGCAUUUUGUUAUAUUAGAAUUAUUAUUCUUAUGUUAUUACUAAGGGGGAUUUUAGUUAGAAUAAGAAUCAGCUUUUAAUCAUAAAGAUAUAGUUCAUAAAAAUUAGUGUAUAAUAAUAAUAAUAGAAACUGAUUGAAAAAUAAUGUAUGAUCAAAAAUUAGAAUUUUGCUAAAAGAAUUCCUCUUGAUUAUUGUUGUUUAAAAAAAGUUAAUUUAAUUUUAAUAAAUAAACGCUUCCCAAUAUUAUUAUUAGUCAAUUUAAAACCAUUUCUUACUGCAAUUGUUGAUGUUAACCAAAAACUUCUGUUCAAUUUUUAAUCUUGUUAUUCUUAAAUUUUUCUUCCCUGUAAUUAUAAAUAAAUUCUUUUUUUGUUUCCCACGUUAA